AUGACGACGACGACGAACAACAACAAGAAGAAGCAAAACGCGCUCUUGUUGAGAAGAUGUCUCGGUCUCGCCGUGCUCUUACUUUUCCUCUCGCUGGUGAUUAUGAUCGUGGAGGAUGUGUUUUAUUAUUCGUCGUCUGGCAAUCAUCAUCAUCAUCAUCGAGAGGAGGAGAGUUCUCUCUCUGUUUUCGGGGGUGGUGGUUUGCAGCACAGGAAGAGCAGUAAUCACGGGAUGUUUGUGGCCACUCCUGAUUCUGAUUCUUUAUCUUCAUUCGCGGGAGAAGGAGGCGAGGAUGAUGAUGUUCGUGAUGAUGAUGAUGAUGAUGAUUCUUUUUCUUCCUCCUCCUCCUCCUCCUCCUCCUUGGGGUACGUGCGCGGGAUGGUACACAACAUGGACCAGUACGUGUAUAAACACCUGUUCCACUCGAAAUAUUCGGAAACGCACGGCGUAGGAGAAGGAGACGACGACGAUAACGAUAAUGAAUUUUCCUCCUCUCAUCAUCGUGCGCGUCAUCAAGAAGAAAAAACGUUGGACGAAACCACCGACGAGGUGCACCAAGAGGUGAAACUGUUGAAAGAGAAGAUUGGUCCGACGACGACUUCGGUGAAGAAGCCGAACGUGAAGCCAACGGGAAGUUUGAGUAGACGAGAAAGGAGUUCGAGCUCUGGUGGGAGUGGAAGCUCGAAGGAUUUAGCGUGUCGGUUGAGAGAGUGCGACGCGAUUAGCGCGCCGUUCGAGCUGGGGAAAGCCUACGCGCAGAAUUUUAUCAUGAGUAAGCAAUCGACAAAGAGCGGGAAUAACGUGAAAGUGCCAAAGUUUUUAGGUAUUGAAGGGCAAAAGAGUCGACUGGCGAGAGGAAAAUCGGACGCGUCGAUUAUGCACAAACAAGUGAAAUGGUCGCAUUUAGGCGGGUUCCCGAGUAACGCGGCAAAGUGUUUGCCCGAGAAGGACGUCGUGAGGCAAAAUUUUGGGAAGAUAAAGUCGUGCGCAGUAGUCGGGAACGGAGGCGGGUUGUUGUUGAAAGAGUACGGAGAAGAUAUCGACGCGCACGAUGCAGUCAUUCGGUUUAAUGGUGGGAUUACCAAAGGGUUUGAAAAGUACGUCGGGAAACGGACGACGUACAGGUUGGCGAAUUUUGACCACUUUGCGUUUCACGAAGAGAACGUUGGAGGGAGUAAGGGUAGCAGUAGUAGUAGCGAUGACGGCGACGAGGGAGAAGGGUCUGAAGAGAACAACGACAACAACAUAGAAAUUGCAGUCUUGCAGCACGUCACUCGGCCAGACGCGCUGACCAAAUACGGCCAACUCUGCGAGAAAGGGUACUACUCCAAACACGGCGUCCCAACCGUCGCUUUACACCCGGACUUCCACUACUUUGUCCUCAACACGGUCGCUCGAGGCGGUCCUUCGAACGGCUUCUACGGCACUAUCCUCGCCAACGAGAUGUGUCAACGCAUAACCCUCUAUGGGUUCCAAAAAAAUUGGAAAGGCACGAAAGUGAAGUACCAUUACUACGACAAGAUUGAACCGACGGAUACCCAGGGCGCUCGAGACUCGAGCGAAAAGAGCAGGUUCGAACAGUACGUGAAAGAAGUCAACGCGUACAGCAGAAAAUGCGCCAAGAGCGAAAGCUGCAACGACAGACGCGUGGAUAAAGAGAACACGGAGAGAGAUAAGAUUGUGUACGGAUAG